AUGCCAGCCCUCGAGUCUAGCCAUGUUUCGGUUAUCACGAUGGCGUCUGCUCCAGAUGCGCGAGCCUCCACUUCUGGCCACUUGUUACUUACACUCGCGGCAUUGGUUCCUGGGGAGAAAGCCGGUCGCUCGGGACUUAUACCCAAGCGCUGCGUCCGUUUUUUGGGACACCCACCUGUGUCCCUACCCUUGCCUGCCCUCUCUUCGAGUAUGGAAGCCAACUUGCACACUCCGAUCUCAUUCGAGACCGUGAAUACCUUGAGCGCGCUCGGAGGGCCACUACAAAAGCCGUACUUGGAUUUGGGGACCUCCCCCACCCAACGCGAUGUGUUCAAGCUAAAGAAAAGCCAGGCGAGCUCCGUUUGGACUCCGAACGGCAAUCAAAAACCGUUACCCUAG